CAACGCCCAGCGAUAUCAGACAUCACUCCAGAUCAUCAAACAUCGAAGAUCAUCGGCAUCGCCCUCAUCCGCUUGUACCACAUUCAACUCGAAUGUGAUCACCAUGAACAAACUUACGGUACAAAGCCUUGACCCUACUCGGCUCGCGGACUUCGUUCACAAGAGCCCCGCCAUCACAAUACCACUCGUCGGAGCUUCCACAGCAGUGGUGAUCUGGUGCAUAAAAGACUACGGAGCUUUCCUUGCUCUAGGCCGCGGUGGCGUUCCAUACAACAUCUUCGGAUGGGCAGUGAUAACUAUCCUCGUCCGCCCGUUCGCUCUGGGCGUGAAGGAGGUGACCUGGACUGGCGACUAUCCGUCUGAAGGCGCUCACCAACAGAUCUUGGACCUGCCACCGAGGAGCGGCGGGAGAGCAAAGGUAGCUGGUAUCGCUCCUCAUCGACAGAUGACCCAGAAUGCCCCUGAGUCAAUGAAGGCGCCAUUAAAAGAGGCGUUCGAUAAUAUCGUCAAGAAGCACCCCAAACUCCUCGAAACUAAACGAUCCUUAUAUGAAAAACAUCACGAUGCCAUAUUCGUGCAGUCCGGUUUUCUCCAAGACCCCGACUCCCCCAUUCCACAGACUGCUCGUGUGUCACGUGGUGAGAUCGGCCACAUCCAUCACGAUGCAUCUGUUCAUUUAUACUUCUCUCCUGCGGAUGCAAAGUUAUUGAUCGAAAAGAACUGGGCAGAAAGACAUAGACUGGCACGUAUGAAGCCGUUUCUGGGAAGGGUUAACAUGUUUUCGGUUGCUGGGACAUACUUAAUGAUUUACGGACCCAGAGACGAAGGGGAGCUGGAGACUAUGAGGAUUAUCUUGGAGAAUAGUGUGAAGUUCAUGACGGGAGUUGAGGAUCUAUGAACUUUUCUCGGAUUGGUGCAAUGUCCGAAAUCAGGCUUGAACGGUUGAUUCAGUAGAGUUCGCCAGGAGCAUCGGAUACCACUCAGCCUGAAGACAAAGAGCACAUUUCUGCUCUGUGAUAGGUUUCUGGUAUAUAUUUUGCAUCAAUAUCACUAACGAUCUGCUCAAAAGAG